UCCAGGUUAGCUCUGUCUCUCGUCGAACCAGUCUUCCUCCCAACCCACUCCCCCCCCCCUCUCAGUUAGGCAAAUGGACGCGUUGAGCAGCCGGGGCGUAUAAAUGGGACUGAGAGCCGACGACAGGCUGUAAUGCUGCGCCGGGUGCGGCAGUCUCUCCGGCAGGUGCUGUUUCUGAUGGCCCGGAGACCGGAUCUACUCUGCGGGGCUAUCGUGCUCGGCGUCCUGCUUAUACUGGCUGUCAAGUUCACAUGCAGCCGUGCCAAGAAUGUGGUGGCAGCGGCUCGGCCUCCGGUGCGGUUCUUCUCUGCCGAGGCCCCGGUAGUCGACCUCUACUUGGGUCAGCUGGACCAGGUGGAGCGUCUGAGGAGUAUGGCAGAGGUCUCUCUCAUCUUCUUCUAUGCACCGUGGUGUGCUCACUCGAUGGCUGCCCGACAGGAAGUGCAGCAGGUUGCUAAGAAGCUGGCCAGACAGGUGCAGUUUGUGGCUGUGAACUGCUGGUGGAGUCAGGGGAAAUGCAGGAGGCAAAACCGCUUCUACCAGUAUCCCAUCAUCCACCUGUUUUAUCGAAGGUUUGGGCCUAUAGAGUACAAAGGUCCAUUUGUGGCUCCAUAUGUGGAGAGUUUUAUCCUGAGAGUCAUCACACCGCUCACUUACCUCCCAUCAAGAGCCACAGUUGAAGAGUUCCUCUCCUACCACGAGCCUCGAGUGGUGGGUUUCUUCCAGUUUAACUCCUCUCCUCAGCCGCCUGGGUACAUCACAUAUUUGUCCUCUGCCCUGCAGGCCCUCAAAAGGGAUUACCGUGGAGUUGUGCGUUUUGGGGUUGUGACCAACAAACAGGUGGCUGAAGCCAUCUCGCUAAAAGAAGAUGAAACAGUUUACCUCCACAGAAGACUUAACUCCUCUUUGAUUUUCCCCCGAAGGGAACGUAACUUCACGUCAGAGGCCAUCUGUAGCUGGGUGUUUGAACACCAUGAGACCGUCCUCCAGUGGAUGCAGCCCCCAGGAACAAAGUCCCGCCUCCUGGAACACGAGCUGACUAAAGGUCCUGCAUUGCUGCUGUUCCUGCCACACAAUCCACUCGGGUCCAAGCCCAAUCCCAUACUACAGCAGAUUGCUGACAUUGCUGUGCGUUAUCAUUCCUGUGACAAUAUUAACCACUCCAGCUUGGACAAAAACUCACUGUGCUGCCAGUCUGUUCUUCUCCCAGAGUCCAGUACAAAUGUGUGUGAGGUGUGUCACAGCUUGUCAGGACCGAGUCUGACCAGCUCUUCCAUACGCUGCUCGUUCCCCUCUGCGGCUCAGGGAGGAGACGUGUUGCAGUUUUAUCUCAGACACUGCUGCCUCCACCAACUACCUGCCCCCAUGUCCAUAAAAACUUCGACCUCAGAGGGCUGUAGCAACCUUCUGAACAGCUACAGCCCGUUUAGUCAAUACAGUGCCUGCUGCAGAAAAGUAGAACCUCAACUCAAUGAAUCACAAGCCAAAGAGGGGCCAGACGUACAAAGAGUUCCCCUUACACCUCCUUGGUCGUCCAUCCCUCCAUCUUCUGUCCCUCAGCAGGGAGGAGAUGGCAUCACAGGGCUCCGCUGUCAGACCAACAGGACGCUCAGGUUUUAUGUGCUGGAUGUUGCUCUCAACUGGCCUCUAGCGGUGAGGCUCGGGGCAACAGGCAACAGGACUGCUUCUCUUCACCAGGAGGCCGGUACACCAGGUGAUGGGAGCAGUGACAGGUCGUUUGCAGCUAUUGUGAACCUGAAGGAUGAGGUUCAUUAUGUUCUCCAUCGCAGCCCAGCAACCACACUAACAGAGUCUCUGGAGGCCUUCAUCAAGAACUUCAGUGCUCCCUACAGUCUCUUGCAAAGACACUUAGUCGGAGAGGAGAACAGGAAAGGAGGUGAGGAGGAAGCCAGGCGUCCAGAUGAACGCCAGCGGAUAUCUCCCCGCCCCCUCAUCACAGAACUGACCACCUCCUCCUUCCUGCCCUCCGUCAUGGAUCUUCAAAAGGAUGUGCUGCUGUUCUACUACACUCAGUGGUGUGGGUUCUGCUCCGUUCUCAACCACAUCAUCAUCCAGCUGGCCAGAUUACUACAGGGAAACAGCACCAUCACUGUGGCCAGGGUGAAUGUUGCCCGCAAUGACCUUCCCUGGGAGUUCAUGGCUGAUCAUGUUCCCUCUAUUCUUCUCUUUCCCAGAUACAGAAAACAUCUGAGUGUGAAGUUUCCAGAUGACCUGCCCAUCACGUUACCCAACCUCCUUCACUUCAUCCUGCAGCACUCUGGCUCCGUGCAUGAUGCAGACAAACCGGUGACAUCAUCCGUCAACGCCAACGGUUCAGGACCCAGCGCCAUCCUCCGCGCAGAGUUCCUGGCACUCAAGCGCGAAGUUCAAGCGCUGCAUCACGCCCGCGAACGUCUUUCCCAACAACUGGCGCAGCUGUGGCGCGACAACCGGCGCCUGACGUUUGACACUCGCAACUUGGAAGCCGAGAACGGCGAGCUGCAGCGAGAGAUGCAAAGCUUAGAGGAGCAGCACCAGGAGAAAAGCCGGCAGCUCGGGGAAGCGGUGAGACGACUGCAGGAGCUGGCAGACACCUCAGAGAACCUGCUGAAUGAAAACACGCUGCUCAGGAUCCUGCUGAGGGCGCUGAAGGACAGGACGGAGGCCAGAGAGCAGGCGGAGGUGGAGAGGAAAGAGGCAGAACAGAAAAGAAGCCAUAUGGCCUCCUGACCACAAGUCUGCAGGGAAUCCUGAGAAAAUAUCACAGAGACGAGGAAGAGAGAGGAACCAGGGCCAGGAAAUGAAGAGAGGACGGAAAAAAGCUGUGAUCAGACCUGAGAUGUGGUGAAACAGGACAAAAUGAAGCUGAAAUGAGGAGGUCAUGUGAAACCCACAGGGCAACGACCAAGUAGAUUUUGUCAAAAGAGAAAAUGAGGAUGAAAGGACAGUCGUCAAUCUGUCGUAGAAGAUCAGAAGGAAAAUAAAGGCUGCUGCCAAUCACGACAGAAGUGAGGAAACGUAAGAGGAAGAAAGUAGCGAAGGAAUCAGCAGAGACAGAAAACUCCAAAGUGCUGUGAUGAUCGUGGGCUCAUCCACUCUUAGAACAAACAAAGUGUGGGAAUUCAGUGCCAACCGUUCAGUUCAAACGACUCAUUUCUGAAAGAUGUAAUGUCUGUUGACGGGUGAAAACGUAACCAGAGUUAAACUUUCUAAAAAGACUCUGCAGCCAAAUUCUCUACGUUCCCUGAAUGAACAUAAAUCCUCAUAUAGAAAACAAUAUUCAUGUCAUGGCCUUUUCUAUGACCAGCAGCAACAAAUAUAGUCCUGUCACUAAAAAACAUUGAGGGAGGUGAACUGACCUGUAGCCUACUACACAUGGUAAAUGUAGUAUAAUGUACAUUUCCACAGCAUUAAUUCCACCAGUCCAACAACAGAGUCGUGUUAUUCUCACCACUCCGCUGCUCACUUUCUCUUUUUUUAACAGAAAUAAUAUUUUCACACUCCUGAUCCCUGUUGUUUCUUCUCUGCCCUGCUCCUGAUCAGUGCUGAGCUACUCUCAAUGCUUCCCCGAGUUUUUUUCACAUUAAAAGCCUAGCUAUGAAAGGAAGGCAGCCGGACUUUUAAUGUGAAAAUUCUGGAGGUGUUGAGGUAACUUCUUUUUACAGGUCCAUAAAUUCCAGUUUGGUUCCUGGAAAGAAUCAUAUAUUUUGGUAAGCUAGAUGUAAAAUGUCAGUGAUCAAUUGGUACUUCCUGUUAUUUCUAAAUGCUAAGCUAGCACAACCUUGAGACUUUUAUUCUGAAGGUAAGAGGGGAACUUCACAUGCAACAUGUCAAAUGUGUCUAGAAACUCACAAUUCAGUAUGAAUAAAGAAUAAAGUAUCUAAUAAUAAACAAAUGAGUAAUACAUUUUCAAUGGGGUUUGAAGGGUACAGCUUCUUUCAUGGAAAUCCAUCUGAAAAUCAAUAAUAAACUCAAGUAAUUGAACUAAAAUAACAGCCUCAGAACUUUGUCUCUAUAUUUCCUGGAAUUAGACCAAACUACAUGUUUUUUUUUCCCAGGAAACUUGAAAGAAAUGAUUAGGAAAGAGCAAACCUGUAAAAUAAAGUUCAAAUCAUGGUGGCUUAAAAACAUUGCUCAGGGGGAAAAAACAAAAUGGAACGUCUGACAUGACUCUUGCUGUAGGAAUUAGUGCUGUGGAAAUGUUAAUUAUAGUUGAGACAAGACAGAAGUAAACACGGAGGAGGUGUUGUGUUGGCGUUGACUGGGGAGCAGGGAAUCUUGGAAAUAAAUGGUUCUUCUCUGCCACUGAGGUAAAUAUAAAAGCCACUAUUUGAGAAUUAACAGUAAGCUCUUUCCUGCUGCUUUACAAUCCUUUAAAUUAAUGCACAGUAGAAGCUUAAUGCGUGACCAUAGGUUAGUGAUGUAGAGUUUGGCUGCAGGAGAAAGGGCUACUAAUGGAGCUGAGAUUUAUUUAAUCCUGAAGACAUGGCACCUGCUCAUCGAGCAGGAGGUGAGCUUAUGAGCACUUCCUUUGUUUUGUUUUUUUGUUGUUUUUUUUUUGAAGGGGAUAAAGUUCUUUUGUUAAACUGAUCUAUUUUUACAGGAAUCCUUGAGUCACUAAAAUAUAAUUUCUGUGUAACUAUUCAGGUAUUAAGAAUGAGAUGCUGCAAUUGUUUACAUGUGAAAUAUUG